GCCGGUGCCGCAGCCAGGGCCGCCAGCCUUCUCGCCCCUUCCAAAGCCCGAAUUUUCCCCGGCUCCGGGUUCCCCGUUCGCCUCCGCUUCCUCCUCCGCUCCAGGAAUAUAGAUAGCCGGAGGAAAAAAAACAGAGGAGGAGGAGGGGGGGAGGGGCGAGGCAUCGAGAACCCGGAUUUCAAUCCCCACCUCGCCGCUCCCACCGGCGCGGACCGCGUCCCGUUCGAUUGCCCCAGGAGGCCAGGAGUGUUCUGUUCUGCCCAGGAUGAGCACCGAGGCCGGGGAGCUGCUCGGGAUCGACCCCGUCGAGCUACGGUUCCCAUUCGAAUUAAAUAAGCAGAUCUCGUGCACGCUGCAGCUGACGAACAGGACAGACAAGCAGGUCGCGUUCAAGGUCAAGACAACGAGCCCGAAGAAGUACUGCGUUCGACCGAAUAAUGGCAUUGUGGCACCCCGGUCCACAGCCGAUGUUGUUGUUACAAUGCAAGCGCAGCGGGAGGCGCCACCGGACAUGCAAUGCAAGGACAAAUUCCUUGUGCAGAGCGCCAUUGUGGCCAAGGAGAUUGUGCCAAAGGAAGUCACCGGAGACAUGUUUACCAAAGAAUCAGGCAAUGUGGUUGAUGAAGUGAAAUUGAAGGUGGUUUAUCUCACGCCAUCCACCCAAAGCGAGGGAUUUGAGGAUGGUUCUGCGGGCAGUUUGAAUUAUCAAGAGCCACUUGCUUUGAUUUCGAAACUGAUGGAGGAGAAGAAUUCUGCUGUUGAACUGAACAACAAGCUUCGGCAAGAAUUGGAUCUUCUGAGGCGAGACAUCAGCAGGCAGCACGGUGGUUUCUCAUUAGUUUUAGUACUGGUGGUUGCUAUUAUGGGAAUACUACUAGGUUUCCUCAUGAAGAGAUGAGUGCGUAAUGAUUUAUCUUGUUUGGCUUUUCUUUCAAGAACUAAACAAAUUGUACGUGUUCUCUGUGUGCUUGCUAUUGUACAACUCCGAUCCUGGUCUGUUUGUCAUAGCAUCUGAUGCCUAUUGUAAUUUUCUGAUUCAAAUUAUAAAGUUUAGCCAGUCAAUAAGUCGUAGUUCUCCCCUACACACGAGCUGCUACCAGCUUGCUAUUGACAUGAGGUUUAGCCUUUUGAAAUUUGAAAGAUUGACUAAUUGUUGGCAUCCUUUUGUACAUACAAACAGAAUUGUUUCUUUGAAA